AUGGCAAUAUUCACAUUCACAGCCAAUACUAAUUUUCUAUUACAUACACACAUUCCAGAUGCCAAGACCUAUCAAGCCACUGUUCGUCGCUUGUGGCUGAAAGAGUUGAAGAAGGGUAAUGAUAAUGAUGGUGGCGGCGGUGGCGGUGCUGAUGAUGAUUCUGUAAAUGUCAAAGAUUUGUGCAGAUACUCAUGCAGUCUGUGUGCACCAGCAGACGGUACAAACAGAGACAGCAAAUGCCAUUUCUCAUCACGCCUACACGGAGUUUGGGCCCAAAUAAAUAAUUAUAAUAAUAAUAACCAUAAUAAUGACAAAAAUAACAACAACAAUGCCUACGUCACUGAAAUUCACGUGACCGAUGACGUAAUCAGAGUUGCGCGUUUAGGAUCUUUGGUCUGUCUGAGUAGACAGAAUGGCGGAAGCGGUUUUUAUGACGUAAUAGUCAAAUUGAAUAAUGGAUGCAAACCAAGACAAUGUUGCGCCUACCUCAGAGUUGUCAAGAAUGUUAUGCGCUAUAAGUUAUACGGCUGUCAAUUGUACAGUGAAAACAACAACAACAACUACAUCAACAACAACAAUCACAUCAAUAACAACUACAACAACAACAACAUCAACAAUAAAAACAUCAACAACAACAAUAACAUCAGAAACAACUUCAACUACUGCAACAACAAGCGACACACGAAACACAUCCACAACUACAAAACAUUAAAGAGGCGUUCUCAGUUAGAUAGAAUACCGAAAAAAAGAACAAAAUGCGCCUUCGAUCAGAAAUCUGACGUCAUCAUCACAACAUCUUCCGGUCACGUGUGCACGGGGGUGAUGAGUGACCUCGAUGAGGUCACGUGCCAAGGGGACACGCAGUUGAGAUUUCAAGUGGACUUCGGAUGUCCGGCUGGGAUCCCCAGAAGUUUCGUUUACGAUUGCACGCAUUACAUUACGCAAUCUUCGUACGUCAAAAUAUUGGUGUCUUACUCAGCGUACGAGGGCAAAAAAUCUUGCUGGAUAAUAAAGUACAAAGAUCAAGCCAUUAAGCCUGAGACCUACCGCAUAGACUUGAAAAAGCAACUUCGAAAAAUCAACUGCAGUAGCGGUGAAACAGUAUUUGGACGAAGAUUUAGUGGUAAAGAAAUGAUAGAAUGA